UGUGCUCCUCAACCCGGCGGUCAAGGUCCCACAAUGGUACCAGACACCGUGGACACCUUCAUCAACUACAAGCCCUUCCAAAGCAUAUCCCUGAACAACACUUACGCACCCGGCUACACCACCAUCUCCAAAAACCUCACCUCUGCCGCAAAGAACCCCAACAACUACAUCGGCCUCUACUACCUAGACACCUACGACGUAUCAGCCUGCGCAGCAAAAUGCAACGAAGUCUCCACCUGCAAUAGCUUCAACAUCUACAUCGAACGCGACCCCAGCGUCAACCCGACAAAAAACGACUCCACCGCACCCACAGUUUGGGGAUACUGGUGUCCCAACCCCUCAUCGCUUACAAAUUACAAAUGUGCGCUUUGGGGUGAUGGCAUUUACAACUCUUCUGCUACCAACCAUGGUCAACAUCGAGGUGAUUUUGAAGUUGUUAUUGCUGGUAGUAAUGCUUUUGUCAAG